AUGCAGUUAAAUCUGGCUCUCUAUAAACGCUUGAAUGGUUACAAACCAUUUCUGUACAACAUCACCAUCGAUGCUUGCAAAUUCAUUGUUAAUCGAAAUUCUUCUCCAGUGGCCGCGUUUAUCUACAAUCUUUUCAGUCCCUAUUCCAAUAUGAACCAUCCUUGUCCUUACAAUCAUGACGUCAUGGUGGAUAAGGCACCCACAUCGCAUCUAAACCAACAAUUGACGAAUGUGUUGCCGUUUCCCAAGGGCGAUUACGGAUUUUUUAGCAUUUGGUAUGCCAGGGGUAUUAAGCGGGCCUACGUCAAUGUUUAUGGGACCUUGUCUUAG